AUGCCUUCCCGAUCAAAUUUAAUUUCAAAAUUCCGUGAUUUUAAUCCGAUAUCGUUGUAUUAUUACAUCAAGGAGUGUUUAUGCGACUGUAAGGUUGAUUUCAUCUUCCUGAUCUACAGUAUUGGGGAUGCUCUUUUAGACGCCGUUCUUCGACCCAACGUUCCACAAAUCGUCUGCUACAGCAUGUAUCCAAACCGCAUCCAUAGCUGUCGGCAUAUCGAGGACAAUGUAGAUAUUGAAGAUAUAGUACAAAAACAAGCCACUACAUACAUGAUUUUACACAAAAUCAUCACCAACCUGCCUGCACUCGUGCUAGGCAUGUUCUGUGGCGCCUGGAGCGAUAAAUAUGGACGGAAACUACCAAUGGUAAUGCCGAGUCUUGGUACAACGUUUGCCGUCUUAUUAUAUAUGGCCGCAAAUAUGGCGUAUGAUGGAUCUAUCGCUUGUUUCCUCGUGGGAUCAGUGAUACAUGGAUGCUUUGGCAAGACUGCGAUGGUCAGUAUGGCCGUCAGUAGUUACGUAGUGGACAUCACAGCAACGGACAGGCGGACAAAGCGACUAGGAACGAUUGCCGCUAUGCAGUUUAUUGGAAUGUUCAUAGGUUCUCUAAUCGGCGGACUUCUCAUUGAUAGUACAAAUAUUCUGACGUCAUACUGUUGUGUUUCAUUCAUGAACGCUCUAGUGGUGCUUUUAACUCUCGUUACUCUUCGCGAGACUGUAAAUGUCGGCGAUAAGAGAGAUUUGUUUCCUUGUAAAGCAUUUUGUAAAGGUAAAAACGUUAUGGAAUCUGUGCAAGUCAUCACAAAGUCACGUGCAGGAAGCACGAGACGUUUUAUCAUAUCUCUGUUUGUUGUUCUUUUCCUCCAUCAGACAUGUCGAACAGGACUCACUGACGUCACUCUUCUUUUCACGGAGAAGUCACCUCUUAGCUGGCCUACAUCAUGGUUUGGGUACCUAUCAGCACUUGACAAUGCAGCAAUGGGGUUUAUCUUACUAGUCUUUCUACCAAUACUAUCAAAUAUAUUGAAGUUCUCUGACCUUUCGAUCAGCAUCAUAGGUCUCUCGUGCGCUUGCAUCCGGUUCGUAAUUAUGGCGUGGAGCAACGAGACUUGGAUGGUAUGGCUUGCCGUUGUGAUAGGAAGUUUCGGUGGGAUAAUCAAUUCUCCCGUUAGGUCUCUUCUCAGUAAAAUGGUGCAAGAAGACGAAGUAGGAAAGAUGUUCUCUUUAUUGGGAAGUGGUGAAACUGCGGCUAAGUUCCUAGCUGUCGUCUUUACUUAUCUGUAUGGAUCUACCCUCGAUAUAUUUCCUGGUUUCGCUUUUCUAUUGGCGGCGGGCUUGUAUACAAUAAUGAUCAUCAUUAUCUUACUUGUCCAUGUGAAUAUCAAACCGGACAGCAACAGUGACGAGAGUCCGACCGAACAAUCUGAAAGCAAAAUGGAGAUGAAUCAUUUAAAUGGAAAAACAAACACAAAUGGAAAAGUUGACAUUAAUGGCAAAACUGAAAUAAAUGGUUGUAAUGGAAUUCGUGAACGGGCCGAUAUUGAAAGUAGAUAA